CAUCAGCACUAACGGAGGAGACACGAGAGUCCGAUUCAACUCGUGGAAUUUAAAGUUCAGUUUUUUAUUAUAUUGUGAAGUGGUGAAAAUUUCCUCCUCAAACUGAUAACAAGGUAGAGAGUCUAAUCCGCGGCGGGAGGAAGUGGCGAUUGUUUUCCACCGAUUUAUCCUCGCAUUCCCGAGGAAAAUGUCACUGUUCGCCUGUUGCAUUCGCCGGCGACGGAAUUUCCGAAGUGGAGAUCAGAAGGUGCCGAUACCCAUGGAGCCACCGGAAAUAUCCUGGGAGAACACCCUCGGCUCGCCCAACGGCGUUCCCUUCGACGAAGAGACAAAGGAGUUGAUUGGCGACUGCAUGGGGGUUCCCGUCCCCCCUCCCGUCAAUAUUUUGACAAUUAUAAAAAAGAGUGACGGCUUCCCCAUCCAAUUCCCCAUCAAGUCGGUGCAGUGCGCCGCAUUGAGGGCUAGAGGAAUCAGUGAAGACAUUCUGGAGUUCAACGCAAAUUCAGCAUAUCCAAUAAUUCACGAGGCGAUGCUACCACUGAUGGCGGGCUGGUUGAAGCACAAGCGCGAUCAUGGGAGCCACGUGGAGAGGACUCUCUACAGGAACAUGACUUUGAUGAAGUUCAUCCAAAGGCUGUUGGAAAAACGAGCGGUGGAGUUCUACGGUGGUGAGGAUCGAUGGAGAUUGAUUGACAACUUGAGUGGACACGGCGGCUGGGAGGCUGUGGGGACUAGUCAAGAGAAAGAGCCUCUGGUAUUGGAGCAUUGUUUAUCCUACGACGAGAUCAAGCUCUCAGCGCUGAUGAUCGUCUCCUCACACUCGGAAUUCAUAAACGACGGGGCUAGAGAUAAUCGAGGAGUCGUCAGCAAUGAUCCAGAUAGCUACCAGCCACGUGGUGUCAUUGUGGGAGUAAUCGGCUCAAGGUUUGAAAGGGCUCAAGUGAUGGAGUACGAGGACAUGGUGAUAACUCCCCACCAAAAUAAUCUCGAUAAUGGGUAUGGCCCCGCCGGAGAAGGUACGAUAGACCAAAUCCGAGGAUUGCGCGUGAUCUGGUCGCGCUUCUACGGUGAGGAUUACCAUCCGACCUACGAGGAGGCUGUGAGACGCGUAAAGUCGAGGGAUAACAAGAGAUACAUGGCACUUCAUCCUCACAUGUUCUUUGAUAUUGAAAACUACAUGAAACGAACACUAUUGUCGGUCGAGAUUCUACUACUGGAGGCUAACACGAGAGCGGAGAAGCAGAACACAACGGCGUUUUUACAUGUGGUUGGAUUUGGAUUGGGGGUUUGGAGACUGAUAGAGGAUCAAGAAUCGUAUUUCUUAAAGACCUUCGAGAUAGCAUUAAAGAAAAUGAAUCGAAAGUUAAAGUACGUCUCAGACAUAAUGUUCGCCUACUUCAGGAAAGAUAAAUGCGGUGGUGCAGGAAAUGGAGAUUAUCUAGGGGACAUAAAAAUUCACUUCGCCUUGAGGGAGCCCCACAGCAAGCUCUUCAGAGCGACUGAUGCUAAUAAACUAUUAGUGGUCACUUACGCAUGGGACGGAAAUGCCUAUCCCGGCAAUGAAUUCUGGAGUGGUUAUUUGGAGGCAAGUGGAGAUCCUGCUGCUACUUGCAGCACCCAAAUAGCAGAGCUGCAUAAUACGAGAAUUAAUCCCCGGGCAUGUGCAUCGAGUCUUCAUGUUGCUUCACCGGAACAUGGACUCCUUCACAUAUCGGAGUAUGCACGACUGCAUUUUGCUUAGGAAAGGAUGAGCCCGAUGGGCACAGAGCGUCGCUUCUCUCGCUCCCCUCGCAGCACCCGCAGUCGUUCCGCCGAUGUAGACCGCC